AUGUCGAUAUCCCUAGGUUUCCGGGUGACCUUCGGGAAGACCAAAAUCCCCUUAUACAAAAGAUCUCCCUUCGACAGUUACAGAUGCCACUGGACAAUCUGCACGACGGAAAUGAGACUACCACCGGCGCAGGCUGAUCAGUACCGAACUUUGAUUCCACUUGGCAAGCCGGAAGUGCCUGCCGAUCCAUCGAUUCUGCGCUGCCGCUUCUUGGAGCUACCAGGGGAAGUGCGAAAUUGCAUCUACCGAGCACUUUUCGACGAUCUCAUUGCCCCGACGCUGUCUAUCAACUUCGACGAGCCAUGGAAGGUCCGACCAGACUACGAUUUCUCUGCCUACAUCAAUAUCAUCCGCACGAACCGCACGAUCAGCAAAGAGGCGCAGUCCAUAUUCUACCAGGAAUAUCUCCGCAACGUCAGAUGGUACUUCACACAUGUGGACGCACUUCACAGGUUCAAAUGCUCUGUCGCGCAAAUUUCGAAAGAUCCGAUUUUUGUGAUCCUCCAUUGCGUAGAGCAGAGGCAUCUGUACGAUCGCAAGUACUCUCGUACGCCAACGAGGCUGUUCUUCUCUCGCCAGGCACGCUUUAUUUCUUUCACGACUGUGGACAAGAUGAAAAACUACUUGGCUUUCUUCCGGAGUCUGCCUCCAGUCCAGCCUGGCCGCUCCAUCUUUCAUCAUAUGUCAGGUGUCGUCUGCCGCUUGUAUCAGGAGAAAACCAUACGUGAGCUCGUCACAUACAGUACUCCACCGACGUCUGAUUCGUUGUUGCUGAGCUGGAGGAUCUGGUCCCGCGGAAGCUAUUUUGUGGUUCACGGGAGGAUGGUGAAAUCCAGGCUGGCAGAUUUGGACUGGAGUACCUACAGUUCCCACCAGCAGCAAGGCAAUUUAAGGAUAGAAUGA